CUUCCGUUCGAAUAAAUGCUGGUCCCUGACGGAGUUUGCCUCUCACGGCCGUUAACUGGCAUAGUGAGGUCGUCCCUGACCUGUGAAGCCUUCAUCCCUUGCCCUUUCCCAGUUACAAACAACCCUAAAACCCGACGAGAAGAACGCAAAACAGCAAAAAAAAAAAAUCUUCCUGGAAAAAUUUUGGCCGUCUUUCAGUUUCAUGCUCUCCUCCUGCUUCCUUUCCUCCCUCCUUUCCUACUAUUAAACCUCGGCGACACUUCCUCAACUGGUCGGGAUUUGAAUUUGGUGGAGAGAGUUGAGAAAUUGGAGGAGGAUCUGAGAAGCUCUACAACAAUAAUACAGGGCUUGUCGCGGCAGCUCGAGAAGCUCGGGAUUAGGUUUCGGCUUACUCGGAAAGCAUUGAAAGAACCAAUAGCUGAGACUGCAAUCUUGGCUCAGAAGAAUUUAGAGGCCACCCGUGCAUUAGCAGCUCAAGAAGACAUUCUUGAGAAGGAGUUGGUUGAAAUUCAAAAGGAGCAGCAGCAGAAACAACUGGAGCUUAUUCUUGCAAUCGGAAAGACCAGUAAGCUUUGGGAUAGCCGGUAAGAGCCCAUUGAACACCGACAUACAAACGAAACUUUGGUUUCCACCAAGGAGGAUGGGAAACCAGUAGAGGUCCAUGAGACUUGUGUUGGGAAUUGGUGUAUGCCCUAGAGGCAAUCUAUAAUCAGUUCUGUAAUAUGAUAUCUAUUUCAUUAUAUUACGAGGCAUAUCUGUUAUUGUGUA